AUGUUUAUAAUUUCUCAUAUUUCCCUCUCAAAUCUCUGGCCUGAUGGCUCCCUCUAUAUUUCUGAUUCAAUUCUUACUUCUCAGGUUAUUGAGAUAUCCAAAUGUACGUGCUUGAUCGGCGCUUCUGCUGUUCCCGGGGCCUUCUCACCAGAUAUCUUACAACUGAUGCUCAAGUUCACCGAAAAGCCUCUUAUCAUGGCUCUUAGUAAUCCGACUUCGAAAGCUGAAUGCACUGCUGAACAAGCUUACCAACAUACAAAGGUUAUCAAUAAAUUUGUACUAAUGCUUGUUAAAUUUUAG